AUGAAAUUUGACACAACAUACUCUAAAAGAGGAGGACCCCCUACUUUGAGACUGCACGGCCAGACCUGUCAUCGAAUUGGUACAUUACUACCAGAAACCGGAAAUCCUCCCCAAUAUGCUCAAUUGUACAUCUACGACACCGACAACGAAGUUGAAAACAGAAUAAAAUGUUUCAAGGACAACAAAGGCAUCCAGCGACACAUUGUCAACAACCUGAAGAUAAUGUUAGAUGAGCACAAUGUUCAUGCCAAAGCUUUUAGAAUGGAAAGGGAUGUUUUAAAGACUAAUUUUUUCAUGGAUUUAAAACCGAGGCUCAUUUCUUAUAGACCCGAAGAUGGCCGUGUUUAUAAUACACCGGCGGUGUCGGAGGUUGCUACACUCAUUGUGGGGGAUAUUGAUUCUGCUGAUAAAAGAGAUAUUUUAAUUCAUCGAUUCAAUGGUGGUUUGCAACGAAUAGAUGAGUUUCACCCAGCAUAUUUGGCGUAUCAGUACCCUCUUAUAUUUCCAUAUGGGGAGGAUGGUUACAGGAAAAAUAUAAUGCAUAAAUAUCGCCCCGAAACUGAAGUUACUAGGAAAAACCGCCAGAGCAUUAAGGAUUGGCUUUCUUACCACUUACAACAACGUCGCAAGGAAGCAAAAACACUACUUUACUCAAGACGUCUAUUUCAAAAAUUCUUAGUCGAUGGUUAUGCUAUGAUGGAAUUCGAACGAAUUAAUUGGUUGAGGGAUAAUCAAUCAAAGUUAAGAGUAGACAAAUAUAAUCACUUGAGCAAUUAA